AUGUACCAAAUGAUCAUGCAAGUAGAUCCCGGAUGUUAUGGAGACCGCAAGUCCUUCUGCAACCUGGUCUCUCAACAUGCCAAUCUUCAUCCUGACAGUAUUGCCAUAUCUUAUAACGGCGACACUUUAUCAUAUGAUGAACUGGAGACGCAAUCUACACGAGUUGCGACCCUUCUCUACGACAGAGGCGUUCGACCCAGAGACAAGGUGCCAAUUCUUACAUCGAGGUGCUCACUAAUGGUGGUGUGUCUUUUAGCGAUCUCCAAAAUCGGCGCUUGCUACAUUCCUAUGGACAUCACCUGGAGCUCUGAGAGGAUUCGUAUAGUUCUUAGUACUAUCAACGCGGAUAUAAUGAUAAGCACAGAGUCUGAGACGGGGACAAUACUGAAUGAUAAUAUGGUUCUGAAGAGUGAGAUUGAAGCAGUCCUAGGCCAAAGGAAUGGAGAAAGUCAAUUGUUUCACCACGUGGGUUAUGAGAAUCUCGAGGACCCCGCGUACAUCAUUUUUACCUCUGGGACGACAGGAGCGCCAAAAGGGGUAGUGAUCUCUAACGCAAGCCUCUUGAACUAUGUGCAGCAAGGUGGUGUGUCCAAGCCUUUCAAUAUGAACGUAAAGUCAGGGGAUAAGGUGGUGUCAUUAUUUUCAAUUGGAUUUGACGCAUGCACUGGAGUUCUUUUUAGCACUCUAUGCAAUGGUGGUCAGCUGGUACUUUCUAGUCAAACUCGAUUUAUAGACGACCUGAAGACAUGUGAUAUACUGCCCAUUACACCAUCAGUCUUAGCGACAAUCCAGUAUCCAGAAAGUUUCACCAACAUCAAGUCUAUCUUUCUAGGAGGAGAAUCACCUAAUCAUACUCUAAUAAAGAAAUGGUGGAGACCAGAUCGGAAGAUCUUUAAUGCCUAUGGCCCAACCGAGACAACAAUCUCAUCUAGCAUCUUUGAGGUCUUACAGGAUCAGCCAAUACUAUUGGGAAGCCCCAUGGAAGAAAGCAUGAUUCUGCUUCUCGAUAAGAAUCUCGAUGAAAGCGCUGAGGGUGAAAUCUGCAUCAGCGGCCCAGGACUCGCGAUUGGCUACUUCAAGGACGAGGACAUGACAGAACAAAAAUUCAUCAAUUGGAAAGGAACAAGAAUAUACCGUACCGGCGACUUUGGCCGUCGAAAUGCUGGAGAUGGAAUUGUUUUUCUAGGACGACAAGAUAGCCUGGUCAAGAAUCGAGGAUUUCUGAUAAAUCUGGAGACUGAAGUGGUACCUGCACUGCGGGCAUUUGAAGGUGUUACCGCAGCUAUUGCCUUAUUACAUGAAGGGCGAUUGGUGGCUUUUAUUGCGCCUAAAAUUGAGCCAUUCCUGGUGCGCAAUUGGUUAGCACGACAUUACGAUACGUUCCUUGUCCCUGACAUCCUUCACUCCUUAUAUUCUCUUCCUCUAUCACACAAUGGAAAAGUAGAUAUACCAUACCUAAGAAGCCAGUUGCAACAUGUCCCAGAACCCCAAAAGAUAGAUAACAAAAGAGGAACAACAACGCAAAUAUUGAUAUCAGGAGUCGCGCUGGCCCUUGGUAUUCCUGAGAGUAAAAUAUGUCCUAAAAGUUCUUUCUGGGACCUGGGAGGCAAUUCUCUGUCUGCAAUGAAGCUUUUAUCAUACUUACACAAACACAACUUGACUCUAUCUGUUGUGGAUUUAUUCUCCUCACAAAGCCUCCGCCUCACGGCCUCGUUGGCCCAAGCUAUUGACACUGAUACCAGUCAAAUCAUUACACGGCAAGAUGAAAGCAAAAUUGGCAGUUCUUCACAUCAAUUAGUUGAAUUUCCAAUGACGGUAGUUCAAUCAAGCAUGAUCAAAGCAUGUCUUCGUGAGCCACUUGCUAAUUAUCUUCUUAUUUCUAUAUCAUGCGAUGACUGCGAAAUCUUAGAAGCUGGUCGCUUGAAGAGAGCAUGGGACAUAAUAAUGAAGCGGCACCUUAUAUUUUCAGCUACCUUCAAUCUUCUCAAAGGCACACAAGCGACCUCUGAAGUAAGCGAGAUUGACUGGAGCGAGAUUUCGAGCCAUAGCAAAGAUAUUGAAUCUACUGUCCGUAACGUAAUGGAUGAGCUGUUGUCUCUACCUAAGACUCCGUGCACCGGGCAGACCUUUAGACCUGUCGAUGCAUUUCGAGUUAUUCGAGAUCACAAACAAAGUUUCAAUUUGUUGUGGCUUGUACAUCAUAGCCAGAUAGAUGGCUGGUAUAUGAGUAUAUUGAUGGAAGAUCUGAAAGCAAUACUCGAUGGAAAGGCACUCUCCUGCCCAGGAAAAUUCUCCGAGUUCGUUCAUGAGCGAAGUCAAUACGUUGAGAAAAUGCGUCAAGGAUCAGCGGACUUUUGGAAAACCAUUUUCCAUGGUCACUCCCCUUCCUGCCGUCUAAAACGGCCAAAUCCUGAUAUGACUAGACCGGAAGAUAAAAUGAUUUCGUUUCCCGAUAAGGUCCUGAAACUCAGGCUCUCUUUUGUAAACCUCGAAGCAAGUUCUCGAAGACUGAAAGUGCCAGUUCCUGUUAUCAUUUAUGCGUGUUUAUCGUUACUUCUUCGAAAUUAUUUGGCUGAUGACAAGGUGAAUUUUGGAGUCGUUAUAUCAGGACGCAGCUUAGCCGUGCCUCUUAUUCACAAAACAAUCGGUCCACUCAUCAAUACAUGCCCCUUUCCCGUGGAUUUAGGUGGUUCAAUGAACAAGAUGGAUUUGCUUAAUCAUGUGCAGGAAAGAUUGCUGAAAAUCAUAGACCAACAAUGGUCUGCGGCAGAUUAUCUUGAAUCCAUUCCAGGUGAUAACUCCUGGCUGUUGAAUCCGAUUGUAGCCAUAGAAUACGAUUUACCCGAGAUCCCCUGUCCGAUCAAUUCUGGAACAUGGAAGUUCCAGUAUAAAUCCUUUAUGGAAUCUGGGUUGACCAUCUCGAUUGGAAAAGAUCAAGGUGAAAUGUUCACACGAUUUCAGUAUAGCACCAAAGAAUACGAACCGGCAAUGAUAGAACGGUUGCAACGGCAUUUUCAUAAUAUAAUCCAUGGCAUUAUCGACCAGUCGACAGAUACUUUAUUGCAAGUCCGCGACAAAAUGAUGAAUCAAGCAGAAGUUGAUAGCUUGGUGUAUCCACCACAGAUCGGACCUCAUUUGGAUGAUACGAAAACCCUAAAAGACACAUUCGAGCAGGCAGCAGAUCAGUGGCUAGAAUUCUCCGCACUUGAGUCGCAUGAUGGGUCACUCACCUAUUUGGAAUUGGAAAACAGGGCUAAUCAUGUUGCAGCAUAUCUUGCUAAAUUCGUCAGACCGAAUGAUGUUGUGGCAACUUUGAGUGAUGGGUCUUUGUCAUGGAUUGGCGAAAGCCUGCGAAUCGCUGGAACCCGCACAUUGUUUUUGAGAAGUGUUAUCAAAGAGCCACUUCUUGAUACUACAAGAUUGAAAACAAAAAACAAGCCUAGUGAUGCUGCUUAUUUGAUCUUCACCUCCGGUUCGACUGGCCAUCCUAAGGGAGUCAAAGCAAGCCAUGGACCGAUCUUAUCUUAUCUUGCAUCCCCGGAGUCGAGGCUGCAUUCUAAACCUGGGAGAAGAAAUGCUCAAAUGCUAUCGGUUGGAUUCGAUAUCAGCAUCGCUGAGAUAUUCGGCACACUCUGCUAUGGCGCCACCCUAGUUUUGAAAAAUCCGGCCCAUCCAUUCUCACAUCUCACCACAGUUGAUGCUGCUAUGGCAACACCAUCAUUGCUUUCCAGCCUUGUAAGUGAGGAACUCAAUAAUCUUGAUACUAUAUUUCUUGCCGGAGAGGCAGUUACCCAAAGGCUUGUAGAUCGGUGGGCUGUAAAUGGCCGUAAAUUGUACAAUGGUUAUGGGCCUUGUGAGUGCACGAUCGUCGUUCUCAUUGCUACUCUUCGAAGAAAUCAAGAGCCAACAGUCGGCAAACCUGUUCCAGGAACUGCUUGCUAUAUACUGGAUGCUCAGAGACGACUAGUACCGAUAGGGCUACCAGGAGAGAUUUGUAUCAGCGGACUGUCGGUUUCGCAGGGAUACCUUGACAAUGAGGAGGAAACCCGACUUCGGUUUGUUCGCGAUCCAUUCUGUCCUGAACAGAUGAUGUACUGUACCGGAGACAUUGGGGUAUGA